AUGCUCCAACAACUUUUACAAGGGCAAGCCAAAGGUUCUCUGGAAAUGAACAACAAGCUGGUUGAGAUACACUCUAAACUAGAGUCAUUGACUUCAAGAGUCCAAAUCAUUGAGUCUUCAAGUGCAUCAUCCUCUUCACCACAAGAGUAUGCCCAAGCAGUUACACUAAGAAGUGGGAGGCAAUUCCCAGUAGAGCUGGAACAAAACCCUGAACCAGAACUCGAUCGAGCUGGAGAAACUGAGACACUGCAAGACAAACCAGAGCUCGAUCGAGCUCAGAAGAGAACAGACAAAGCAAACUCCAGCCAACCAGCUAAACCUGUUGCAAAGAAGAAAGACACUCCAGCAGGACCACCACCAUACAAGCCCCCUCUGCCCUUUCCAGGAAGGUUCAAGAAACAACUGUUGGAAGCACACAAGGCCAAGUUUGAUGAACUAAUGAGACAGCUUGAGUUGAAGUUGCCCUUCAUCGACGCCUUGAUGCUCAUUCCACCUUAUCAGAAAUUUCUGAAGGAUGCUGUUCAGCAAAGAACCAGGGAAGCACAAGGGAUGGUAGUGUUGACUCGCGAGUGCAGUGCAAUCAUUCAGCGGAAGGUCAUCUCCGACAAAAAGGAAGAUCCGGGGAGUUUCACUUUGCCCUGCAUGUUGGACCCCUAUCUUUCAAAAACAGUCUCUGCGAUCUAG